CAUUGCAAUUAGCUGGGAUCUGCCUGUGUAGAAGAUCAGAAUCAGCUGGGACCCAGUGACCUGUCACCCUGUAAUCAGCCCUUGUCACACAGCCCAGCUUGCUGCUAUGUCCUGUCAUGGAGACCUGUGUGCAGAGCUUCUGCAGAAGAUCCCAUCCCAUGACUUCCAAUCCUGCAUCCCCACCUACCUUUAAUCUAUAGUUACAUUUGUGCAGCUUUCAUCCUAUUAUAGUGAUCCUAAUCAAUGCAUAUACCCAGGCUGCAGGCAAGCCUUCAGAAAUUGGAUUAUAGUCAUUAAUUGCAUUGCUUUUCCUCUCAAGUACAUUGAAUUUCAUGUAUUUUUUCCAGUGAUCAAGGCAAACAGCUCCAUUGUGGGGCAGCUCCAUCAAAGCUUUGCAAACCAGAGAGAAUGUGUGUCCCCUGGGGAGCAUCCUUUGGUAAUGUAAACCAAUUACUGCCUGCUGAUGACACACAGAACAAGCCAUUCACUGAGAUCCUGUUAUUUAGUGGGCAUGCUUGAUAGAUCAUUUUUUUUCUCCCCAGUCUGCUCAUUUAGAUAUUUGGCCAGGGGGGAAGCUGGGCUGAGCUUCCUGCAUCAGUUUUAUGACCCAUCAUAUCCUCACUGAAAGGGUUGGACCAGUCUGUAAGUUCCUAUCAGCUGUGUCACACCGCAGGGUCCUCUGUGGUUCAUGCACAGUGCAUCACUGAAGGAGAUAGAGGACAUAAUUUGCUCCAUAUGGAUCUAACCUGAACCAGAUAGUGGAUCACUUGUAACUACCUAAUCUAUAGGUCUAUUUUUUAUUUCUUCUUGCCUUGAAAGCAUUGCUAUGGGACUAUAGAGUGGAUUAUUAUUGUUAUUUGUAGGCACAUGCAGAGAGAUUAGCUGCAAGUCAUUGCUGGUUAUUUGGACUUAUUUGAUUACUUUACUGUGGAGUGUGGGUCACACCGCUUGACAUAAAUGUGCAAACUUAAAACAUUAAAUAUGUUUUUUGGCUUAUAAAGCUGUUGAUAUUGCAGUGCCAGAUUUUGGUCUAGAGAUGCCAGUACACAUGCAGUGAUUUUAUACCCUUCUGUUUGCCCGGUUGGCAUGCACUGAGGAUUACAGGCUGCAGGAUGCCCAACAUCAAUGGCUUCAUGGAAGACCCCAGACCAAAUAUGGGGGACAUUAUUAGGACACUGAUGAUCCUGGAAAAGGGCACAGUGCUAACCUUGUACUAUCAAAAAAAGUCUCAGCGGCCAGAGAGGAGGACUUUCCAAGUGAGGAUGGACACUAGACAGGUCAUCUGGUUUAGAAGUCCAGAGAAGGUGGAAGGGGACAUUGAUAUGCGAGAGAUCAAGGAGAUACGGCCUGGCAAGAACUCGCGGGAUUUCGAGCGGUACCCAGAAGAUGCGCGGAAGUUGGACGCCUCUCUCUGCUUCAUUAUUCUGUACGGGGCUGACUUCAGGUUAAAGACUGUCAGUGUUGCAGCUUUCAGUGAGGACGAGAUUAGUCUGUGGAUAACUGGUCUGACCUGGGUUGUGUCAGACACACAGAAGGCCCCCAGCCCCCUGCAGAUGGAGAGAUGGCUGCACAAGCAGUUUGACACAAUGAACCGAACGCGAGAUGGAUGCAUCACCAUGAAGGAUCUGAAAGCUCUGCUUCCUCAGAUUAAUUACAGAGUGCCCAACAUGAAGUUCCUACGUGACAAACUGCCGGAAAUCGAGGCCAGAUCAGAGCUGAGCUUCCUGCAUUUUGUUCUCUUCUACAAGAAUCUGAUGUUUGAGGCCCAGAAAUCGAUCAUAGAGCAGCUGGAGUUGUCCUUCCCUUUGCGGAAUGUGGAUAGAGCAUCCCUUUGCCAGAUCUCAGUGUUUGACUUCCAGAGGUUCCUGCAAUAUGAUCAGAAGGAAUUGUGGGCAAAUGACAUCAAUAAAGUUAGAGAAUAUCUGUGCAACUACCUGAAGAACACUGACACGUCUGAGCCGCUCUUACAGCUGGAGGAGUUCCUGACCUACCUAUUCUCCAGAAACAUGAUAAUGGACUCCAAAUAUGAGCGUGUGGUGGCGGAGGAUAUGAACUGUCCCUUAUCUCAGUACUGGAUCUCAUCUUCGCACAAUACGUACCUGACAGGAGAUCAGUUCUCCAGUGAGUCUUCAUUAGAGGCUUAUGCUCACUGUCUCCGCAUGGGGUGCCGCUGUGUAGAGUUGGAUUGCUGGGAUGGACCUGAUGACUUACCCAUUAUCUAUCACGGACACACGCUGACCUCUAAGAUCAAGUUCCUAGAUGUCCUGUACACUAUCAAGGAGAACGCCUUUGUAACAUCAGAAUACCCCGUUAUCCUUUCUAUCGAGGAUCACUGCAGUGUGGUCCAACAGAGGAACAUGGCGCACUACUUCAAAAAAGUGUUUGGAGACAUGUUGCUAACGAAACCAGUGGAUAUUAAUGCAGAUGAGCUUCCCUCUCCAGCACAGCUCAAGAAAAAGAUCCUUAUUAAGCAUAAGAAGUUAGUUGAGGGGAACCUUUAUGAAGAAGUUUGUACAGCCAGCUACUCCGAGAACGACAUCAGUAACUCACUCAAGAAUGGCAUUCUCUACCUGGAAGACCCCAUAGAUCAUACUUGGAGCCCACACUACUUUGUAUUAACAAGCAACAAAAUCUAUUACUCUGAAGAGACAUCGCAAUACGAGUUGAAUGAGGAUGAGGAAGUGGCUGAACCAAAAGAGGAGUUUAAUAACAAUGAGUUGCACUUUAGUGAAAAGUGGUUUCAUGGGAAGUUGGGGGGAGGGCGUGACGGACGUCAUAUAGCGGAGAAGCUUCUACACGAAUACUGCACGGAAACGGGAGGAAAGGAUGGGACGUUCCUAGUGCGGGAGAGUGAGACGUUUGUAGGAGACUACACCCUGUCAUUCUGGCGCUCCACAAGGGUCCAGCAUUGUCGCAUCCACUCUCGGCAAGAGGCCGGUACCACCAAAUUCUACCUGACCGACAAUCUGGUGUUUGACAGCCUGUAUGGCCUGAUUUGCCACUACUGCGAGGUGCCACUGCGAUGCAAUGAAUUUGAGAUGCGGCUCACCGACCCUGUGCCUCAACCUAAUGCGCAUGAGAGCAAAGAGUGGUAUCAUGCCAACCUUACCCGCCUGCAAGCUGAGCAAAUGCUGAUGAGGGUUCCCAGAGACGGAGCGUUCCUGGUGCGCAAGAGGAGUGAGCCAAACUCCUACGCCAUUUCUUUCAGGGCCGAGGGCAAGAUCAAACACUGCCAGAUCCAGCAGGAGGGACGUCACUUUAUGCUGGGGACUUCCGCAGAGUUUGAGAGUCUCUUGGAUCUUGUCAACUACUACGAGAAGCACCCUCUGUACCGCAAGAUGAGGCUGCGUUACCCUAUCAAUGAAGAGGCGCUGGAGAGGAUUGGCACAGCUGAAUUAGAUUAUGGGGCCCUUUAUGAGCUCCGAUCACCGGACCUUUAUGUGGAAGCCAAUAAGAUGCCAACAGCGAGGUAUAUGGUGAAGGCGCUGUACGACUAUAAGGCGCAGCGAGAGGACGAGCUGUCAUUCUGCAAACAGGCCAUUAUACACAAUGUGGACAAACAAGAUGGAGGCUGGUGGCGCGGAGACUAUGGUGGCAAAAAGCAGCUGUGGUUCCCUGCAAAUUAUGUAGAAGAGAUGAGCAACAUCAUGGUACAGGAUCAGGACGAGGCGUCUGCUGAGAACAGUCCCUUGGGGAACUUCCUAAAAGGAUAUAUAGAUGUACCGUCAUGUCAUAUAGUGCUAUGUAAAGAAGGAAGGAAUUCCAGGCCAUUUGUAUUCACUAUCCACUCGCAACAAAUGUCACAUCCAUCCCAGUCUCUGGAUGUGGCUGCUGACUCUCAUGAGGAACUCAACGACUGGAUCAUCAAAAUCCGAGAAGCUACGCAGAACGCAGACGCUAGGAUGCAAGAAGGGAAGAUAAUGGAACGAAGGAAGAAGAUCGCCCUAGAGCUGUCAGAGCUGGUCGUGUAUUGUCGCCCGGUACCUUUUGACGAGGAAAAAAUUGGAACAGAAAAAGCUUGUCACAGAGACAUGUCAUCGUUCCCUGAGACCAAGGCUGAGAAGUACGCAAACCGUAGCAAAGGAAAGAAAUUCCUUCAGUACAACCGGCGCCAGCUGAGCAGAGUCUACCCCAAAGGGCAGCGUCUGGACUCCUCCAACUAUGACCCACUGCCCAUGUGGAUCUGCGGCAGCCAGCUAGUGGCACUGAACUUUCAAACACCAGACAAACCAAUGCAGCUGAACCAGGCCCUCUUCAUGUUGGGGGGGCAGAGCGGCUACGUCCUGCAGCCGGACAUCAUGAGAGAUGAACUUUUUGACCCAUUUGACAAGAACAGCCUGAAAGUAGUGGAGCCAAUCACAGUGCAGCUACAGAUCCUGGGGGCCCGUCACCUUCCAAAGAACGGCCGAAGCAUUGUGUGCCCAUUUGUGGAAGUGGAAGUUUGUGGUUCUGAAUUUGACAACAGUAAAAACAAGAGCGAUGUUGUGGCGGAUAACGGUUUGAAUCCCGUGUGGACGAUGAAGCAGUUUGUAUUUGACAUCAACAACCCAGAACUCGCCUUCCUGCGGUUUGUGGUGUACGAGGAGGAUAUGUUCAGUGACCCCAACUUCCUGGCGCAAGCCACCUAUCCAAUCAAAGGUCUAAAAACAGGUUACCGGUCUGUGCCUCUGAAGAACAGCUACAGCGAAGAGCUGGAGCUUGCGGCACUGCUAGUGCACAUAGAGAUUGUAAAUGCCAAGGAAGAAGAUGAGGAGAACCUGUACAGCUCAAUCCAACAGCUGAGGGACAAAGCAAGUGAACUCUCCAGCCAAGUGUCAAGCUACGAGCGGGCAAAUAACUGUGACUCUCGAUACCAGCAGCGCCUGGAUGAACUACGGGCAGCACAGGAAUGUCUGAUGGAACUCACUGAAGUGCGCAAUAGAAAAUUGAUGGAGAAAAAAAAGAGAGACAGAAUGUUGGCUAACAAGAGGAACUAAGGCGUAGCUCCAGCGGCUCCCCGGAUCUUCCCUCCCCGCUUCCAGCACUCAAUACCUCUGCGCUGAAAUAAAAAGAAUCUACAAAGCACUGGAAAAAAGAAAUGAUUCUUUAUGCAACAGUACAGUGUGAGGGCUAUGGAGAUGAAAUGGCAAGCGCUUCAUUUUCAGUUGUACAUACAGAAAAAUCAGUUUGCACAGAUACCAAGAGCCAUUGUUACUUCUACAGCUAGUGCUCAUAUUCCUGAUAUCACAUCUUUUGUUGCACAUUUUAUCCUUUAUACGGUUAAAUCCUCUGGUUUAACGUUGCACAGCUCUUAAAGUUAUAUUUUAAUAAAUACAGGAAUAGAAUAUAUAUAUUUAAUUAUUGUACAAGAUAGGUUGUUAGUCGUUUCAUGAAUGAGUGCUUUCUAUAUAUAUUUAAACCUUAUUUUCAGAGUAGACCUGCACUACAAACCCUGGUUGGAGGAGGAUAUCCCACUACUCCCUGCAUCACAUAUGGUGCAGGGUCCUACUGUGAUGUUUCCUGCUUGAGUAUUGAAUUAAAGGGACAUUAUAAACAAAUAUUGUUUUUUCCAUAUGAAAGAGCAGCAUAGCAAAAUUACGUAAAAACUGUAAAUUAUCUUGGAACUAAUACAGCUGUAGCAGUUGUACUUUCUACUAAUGCGCAUUGAUUGAUAGGCACUUCCGGUUGCUGCUCAUUGGCUAAUAGGCACUUCCAGUCACUGCUCAUUGGCUAAUAGGCACUUCCGGUUACUGCUCAUUGGCUAAUAGGCACUUCCGGUUACUGCUCAUUGGCUCAAAGGCACUUCCUGUUACUGCUCAUUGGCUGAAAGGCACUUCCGUUUGCUGCUCAUUGGCUAAUAGGCACUUCCAGUUACUGCUCAUUGGCUAAUAGGCACUUCCGGUUACUGCUCAUUGGCUAAUAGGCACUUCCGGUUACUGCCCAUUGGCUAAUAGGCACUUCCGGUUACUGCUCAUUGGCUAAUAGGCACUUCCGGUUACUGCUCAUUGGCUAAUAGACCCUUCCGGUUGCUGCUCAUUGGCUAUUAGGCACUUCCGGUUACUGCUCAUUGGCUGAAAGGCACUUCCGGCUGCUGCUCAUUGGCUAAUAGGUACUUCCAGUUACUGCUUAUUGGCUAAUAGGCACUUUCAGUUACUGCUCAUUGGCUAAUAGGCACUUCCGGUUACUGCUCAUUGGCUAAUAGGCACUUUCGGUCACUGCUUAUUGGCUAAUAGGCACUUUCAGUUAUUGCUCAUUGGCUAGUAGGCACUUUCGAUUAUUGCUCAUUGGCUAAUAGGCACUUCCGGUUAUUGCUCAUUGGCUAAUAGGCACUUCAAGUUACUGCUCAUUCGCUAAUAGGCACUUCCGGUUAUUGCUCAUUGGCUAAUAGGCACUUCCGGUUACUGCUCAUUGGCUAAUAGGCACUUCCAGUAACUGCUCAUUGGCUAAUAGGCACUUCCAGUUACUGCUCAUUGGCUAAUAGGCACUUCCGGUUAUUGCUCAUUGGCUAAUAAGCACUUCCAGUUACUGCUCAUUGGCUAAUAGGCACUUCCGGUUACUGCUCAUUGGCUAAUAGGCACUUCCGGUUACUGCUCAUUGGCUAAUAAACACUUCCGGUUACUGCUCAUUGGCUGAUAGGCACUUCCAGUUACUGCUCAUUGGCUGAUAGGCACUUCCAGUUACUGCUCAUUGGCUAAUAGGCACUUCCAGUUACUGCUCAUUGGCUAAUAGGCACUUCCGGUUACUGCAUAUGGGCUAAUAGACACUUCCGGUUACUGCUCAUUGGCUGAUAGGCACUUCCGGGUACUGCUCAUUGGCUGAAAGGCACUUCCGGUUACUACUUACUGGCUAAUAGGCACUUUCGGUUAUUGCUCAUUGGCUAAUAGGCACUUCCGGUUACUGCUCAUUGGCUAAUAGGCACUUCCGGUUACUGCUUAUUGGCUAAUAGGCACUUUCGGUUUUUGCUCAUUGGCUAAUAGGCACUUCCGGUUACUGCUCAUUGGCUAAUAGGCACUUCCGGUUAUUGCUCAUUGGCUAAUAGGCACUUCCGGUUACUGCUCAUUGGCUAAUAGGCACUUUCGGUUAUUGCUCAUUGGCUAAUAGGCACUUCCGGUUACUGCUCAUUGGCUAAUAGGCACUUUCGGUUAUUGCUCAUUGGCUAAUAGGCACUUCCGGUUACUGCUCAUUGGCUAAUAGGCACUUCCGGUUACUGCUUAUUGGCUAAUAGGCACUUCCGGUUACUGCUCAUCGGCUAAUAGGCACUUCCGGUUACUGCUCAUUGGCUAAUAGGCACUUCCGGUUACUGCUCAUUGGCACUUCCAGUUACUGCUCAUUGGCUAAUAGGCACUUCCGGUUAUUGCUCAUUGGCUAAUAGGCACUUCCAGUUACUGCUUAUUGGCUGAUAGCUACUUGCAGCUACAGCACUCUGAGUACUUGUAACCCAGUGAUUAUUAGUAAGAAGUGCACAGCUGAGCUUUUACUUCAUAUGUAUAUGUUUAAAUGCUGCUUUUCAGAUGGAUGACAGUUUUAGAGUAGAGUAUCCCUUUCAAAUGCAUUGCUUAGUUUAUCAUUAAAACAUUCAUGCCCAAUAGCAAUGAGACACUGACUUGAAUCACUUUAGUGUUCCUGGCAGUGCUCUAGUGUUCCUGGCAGUGCUCUAGUAUUCCUGGCAGUGCUAUAGUGUUCCUGGCAGUGCUCUAGUGUUCCUGGCAGUGCUCUAGUAUUCCUGUAAGUGCUCUAGUGUUCCUGGCAGUGCUCUAGUGUUCCUGGCAGUGCUCUAGUAUUCCUGUAAGUGCUCUAGUGUUCCUGGCAGUGCUCUAGUGUUCCUGGCAGUGCUCUAGUGUUCCUGGUAGUGGGUUAAUAUUCCUGGCAGUGCUCUUGUGUUCCUGGCAGUGCUCUAGUGUUCCUGGCAGUGCUCUAAUGUUCCUGGUAUUGGGCUAGUAUUCCUGGCAGUGCUCUUGUGUUCCUGGCAGUGCUCUAGUGUUCCUGGCAGUGCUCUAGUAUUCCUGUAAGUGCUCUAGUGUUCCUGGCAGUGCUCUAGUGUUCCUGGUAGUGGGCUAGUAUUCCUGGCAGUGCUCUUGUGUUCCUGGCAGUGCUCUAGUGUUCCUGGCAGUGCUCUAGUAUUCCUGUAAGUGCUCUAGUGUUCCUGGCAGUGCUCUAGUGUUCCUGGUAGUGGGCUAGUAUUCCUGGCAGUGCUCUUGUGUUCCUGGCAGUGCUCUUGUGUUCCUGACAGUGCUAUUGUGUUCCUGGCAGUGCUCUAGUGUUCCUGGUAGUGGGCUAGGGUUCCUGGUAGUGGGAUAGUAUUCCUGCCAGUGCUCUUGUGCUUCUGGCAGUGCUCUUGUGUUCCUGGCAGUGCUCUAGUAUUCCUGGCAGUGUUCUAGUGUUCCUGGUAGUGGGCUAGUAUUCCUGGCAGUGCUCUAGUAUUCCUUUUAGUGGGCUAGUAUUUCUGGCAGUGCUCUUGUGUUCCUGGCAGUGCUCUAGUGUUCCUGGCAGUGCUCUAGUGUUCCAGUCAGUGCUCUAGUGUUCUUGGUAGUGGGCUAGUAUUCCUGACAGUGCUCUAGUAUUCCUUUUAGUGUGCUAGUAUUCCUGGCAGUGCUCUUGUGUUCCUGGCAGUGCUCUUGUGUUCCUGGCAGUGGUCUAGUGUUCCUGGCAGUGGUCUAGUGUUCCUGGCAGUGGUCUAGAAUUCAUGGCAGUGCUCUAGUAUUCCUGGCAGUGGGCUAGUAUUCCUGUCAGUGCUAUAGUGUUCCUGGCAGUGCGCUAGUGUUCCUGGCAGUGGGCUAGAAUCCAUGGCAAUGCUCUAGUGUUCCUGGUUGUGGGCUAGUAUUCCUGGCAGUGCACUAGUGUCCCUAGAAGUGCUCUAGUGAUCAUGGUAGUGGAAUAUAAUUCCUGGCAGUGCUCUAGUAUUCCUGUAAGUGCUCUAGUGUUCCUGGCAGUGCUCUAGUGUUCCUGGUAGUGGGCUAGUAUUCCUGGCAGUGCUCUUGUGUUCCUGGCAGUGCUCUUGUGUUCCUGGCAGUGCUCUAGUGUUCCUGGUAGUGGGCUAGGGUUCCUGGUAGUGGGAUAGUAUUCCUGCCAGUGCUCUUGUGUUUCUGGCAGUGCUCUUGUGUUCCUGGCAGUGCUCUAGUAUUCCUGGCAGUGUUCUAGUGUUCCUGGUAGUGGGCUAGUAUUCCUGGCAGUGCUCUAGUAUUCCUUUUAGUGGGCUAGUAUUUCUGGCAGUGCUCUUGUGUUCCUGGCAGUGCUCUAGUGUUCCUGGCAGUGCUCUAGUGUUCCAGGCAGUGCUCUAGUGUUCCUGGUAGUGGGCUAGUAUUCCUGACAGUGCUCUAGUAUUCCUUUUAGUGUGCUAGUAUUCCUGGCAGUGCUCUUGUGUUCCUGGCAGUGCUCUUGUGUUCCUGGCAGUGGUCUAGUGUUCCUGGCAGUGGUCUAGAAUUCAUGGCAGUGCUCUAGUAUUCCUGGCAGUGGGCUAGUAUUCCUGUCAGUGCUAUAGUGUUCCUGGCAGUGCGCUAGUGUUCCUGGCAGUGGGCUAGAAUCCAUGGCAAUGCUCUAGUGUUCCUGGUUGUGGGCUAGUAUUCCUGGCAGUGCACUAGUGUCCCUAGAAGUGCUCUAGUGAUCCUGGUAGUGGAAUAUAAUUCCUGGCAGUGAUCUAUGUUCCUGGCAGUUCGCUAGUGUUUCUAAAAGUGCUCUAGUGUUCCUGGCAGUGAUCUAGUGUUCCUGGAAGUAUUUCUGUCCAGCCAUGGUCCUGUCACUGGUGGCAAAGACAGGAAUCUUGUGUAUAUAUGCAUAUCCUGCACUCCCUGCUGGCUUGUCUCCUUCCAUCUGAAAUACAAAAUGUGCAACUUUUGGCCGCCCUGAUCAACAACUACAUUUUUAUUCAGUUUUAGACCGUGACAGAUGUGCAUGAGCAAGUAAUACAGAGCAAGCAGGCACGGCUGAGGAAGGGAGUUGUGCAUAGUUAUAGAAAAAAUCUUAUCUCAACUGUUUAAGUUUUACCGCUGCUCUGCUAUGAAUUCAGCACUCUGCUCUGCCAGGACCCCCUACAAUUGUAUUUUAUGUUGCCUUAGUUAGUGGGCCCUUUUAAGAACCUUACUUACUUAGCUGGACAGAUAGCUCAGCAUGCUAAUGCACUGUGGCUGAGCUCUGUAGCAACCUAAGGAUUGCAGGUUCGAUCCCCGGCAAGGUCAACUCAGCCUUUCAUCCUUCCGAGAUCAAUAAAAUGAGCAGCGCCUUGAGACCCUUAUGGGUGAUUAUCCGCGCUUUACAAGUACCCAAUACAUACAUGCACAUUACCAUGUAAAUAUGAGAAGAAACGCUCAGUCAGCUUUGAUCUAUUUUACCAAACCAAGUAUGAAACACCUAAUUCUCCUAGGUUUAUGGCCUCUGUCACCUAUUAAUGCAAUAAAACAAAUGGUAAAUAAAUCACAUGGAGGGCACAAAAAUACAAAUGCCAGGCGCAUAUUAAAUGAAUAAUUAAUCUUUUGAGGUGAUUAUUUGAUAAAAUGUUGAGCAAUAGACUUUAGAACUAAAGUACGCAUAUUUAUUUUUACACAAGGUAAACCAGCAGGUCUAGUGCGAUUCUAGAGCACACAUGACGAUGGACACUAUCUAAAGCCUGCCGCUGACACACUUAGGAGCAAGUAUUGUGUCAUACACAUAGGUAGUAAGUUGUCACAUGGCUAGGAAUCUACUGUAGCAAAGGUGCUGUUGCCACAAGUUUUCUGUGGAUAUAAUGUGUCAAUGUCACAACGAGUCAACCAUUAGCCUCUUGGAUAGCAGAAUAAAAAUAUAUAAUGCGUAACCCCAGACACUACUUUAUUUUCAUCCUGUUUUUUGCUCCACACGUGGCCGCCAUUCCUCUCGUUUGUUCCUUUCCUUACAUUUGUCCUCUAUCUCUCUUAUUCUCUUUACUGCCCCUUCCAUCUUAUUCUGCCCUGCUGACUUGUGUCCUUCCAUCUUACUCUACCCCUGUUAAUAUGUCCCUUUAUCUCUGCACUUCAUCCCUAUUAAUGUCACUAUUGCCUUCUUUCGGACAUCUCAAUUGUCUGCUCCCAUUUUCUGCUUCAAACUAUCCUGCUAGCUCACCUCAAUCCUGCUAGCUCACCUCCAUCCUCAUAGCUCAUCUCCGACCUGCUAACUCACCACCGACCUGCUAACUCACCACCAACCUACUAGCUCACCUCCAUUCUGCUAGCUCACCACCAUCCUACUAGUUCACCUCCAUCCUUCUACCUUACCACCAUCCUACUAGCUCACCUCCAUCCUGCUAGCUCACCACCAUCCUACUAGCUCACCUCCAUUCUGCUAGCUCACCUCCAUCCUUCUAACUCACCACCAUCCCACUAGCUCACCCCCAUCCUACUAACUCCCGUCCAUUCUGCUAGCUCACCUCCAUCCUUCUAACUCACCACCAUCCCACUAGCUCACCCCCAUCCUACUAACUCCCGUCCAUUCUGCUAGCUCACCUCCAUCCUUCUAGCUCACCACCAUCUUGCUAGCUCACCUCUAUCCUGCUAGCUCACCUCCAUCCUGCUAGCUCACCUCCAUCCUAUAUGGAUAAAUCAGUUGACAUAUUAGCAGGAUGGUCAGGGUUACUUGGAGCUGAUGUAUCUAAUCAUAACUUUGGUGCCCUAAGACAUGGAAUGCUUAGUGACCUACAGUCAACAGGAUGUGGAGAGUAGUUGGGAUCUCUAGGGAGAUUGUGGUUAUGCCCUUGUAGUAAGCCAGGUGGGAUUCUUCCUCUGUGGUGCACUAAUAAAUGUGGCUCACAAAUUCAUUCAUGACCCCUUAUGGCCUUGUAGGAGAUGCCAGUGUCUUGGUGCACUACUGUCAGGUACACGUAUAUGGUGUCGCUUUCUUUCCUUCUUCUUGAUAUUCUUCUUCUGGGUCUUUGUUACAGUUUUGUAUGAGCCUUUCUUUAUUAAUGGCUUGGCAGGUUUAGGCAUCAUUGCUGACUAAGCUCUUCUUAGCAAAAAAGUACUAUUAACCAGUCUACAUUGAAAAUCUUUAGUCCAUUGUCAAAGUUGCAGCCACAAUGCUAGGAUAGCGUUAACUCUCAUUGACCCUGCUUCUAACUACUCUUAUGAUGCCAAUUACCUGACACCAAAAUGGUGGACAUCCGCAUUUUGCAGAUGUGUGUCAUGGGCAGUGGUAUCUUGGUAUAGUCUAGGUGUCCGCCCAUCACAUUCUGACCCAAAAACUCAAGUAUAUGAAAACAAUUGUAAUGGUUGGAUUCAGAUCUAUGGCAAACAGUUUACCUGUGACCACAGUUAUUUCCUGAAUAGUUUUUCAAAGGAAAUAUUUAUUAAUCUGUAUAUUUGGUAUAAUUUCAUUUACUAUGAUAGGUUGUAUCAAACUGAAGAGAAUUACAUACGGGACAAAUCCAUAUCUCUGGGGCUGCUAAAUAGGCCAGACUUUCCUAAUAAACCAAGACCCAUCAAUUAGAUCUGAUCAUUCUGAAAAUAUAACCAUAUCUGGGCCUGUUUGCUGCCUUAGUGUAUUAGACAAGUCCUGGGUGCCAGUACUUAACUCUUAUAGAUUUGCCUCCUUACAAAAUGAAUCCCUGGCUCCUAAUAAAAAAAAUGUACAGCCGCCAUUUUGCAUUCUAGGUGGCUACUACGUUUCAGAUAAAUUUGGCAACUGCUUGGUUGGGACAUAAGUAAAAUGAAGUUUUCUUACUGUAAAACUAUAACUAUGGAGUUGGCUCAAAACACCAAGCUAAAUCAACAACAAAGAUAUGCCAGAUGCAGCCUAUAUUCCAUCCCCUAAAUACAGUUAAAGCGAUAUGAAAGAAAAAAAAUUGUGAUAGAGAUAGAACAUACAACUUUUAAAAAUUGUUUACAAUUUAUUUCUAUUAUCAAAUUUGCUUAAUUCCCAUGAUAUUCUGUGCUAAAGAGAUACCUAGGUAGCAUCUAGUGCACUAUAUGGCAGGAAAUAGUGCUGCCAUCUAGUGGUCUUGCAAAUGGAUAACAUUCUUGCAAAACUGCUGCCAUAUAGUGCUCCAGAAAUGGGCCAGCUCCUAAGCACGUCUCUGCUUUUCAACAAAAAAUUCCAAGAGAACGAAGAAACAUAAUUGAAUUAAAAAAGGAAGUUGUUUAAAAUUGCAUGUUCUAUCUGAAACACAAAAUAAAUAAUGUUAUGUUUCAUAUCCCUUUAAGUACUUUAAAGCAGAAUUUAAAACUGGCUACACAUUGUCCCAAACUAUCUUUUUUUCCCCCUAAAAUGAACCAUUUUUUAGAUAUUUACCUUUUUAUUGCCUGGUGCAAUGUUACUGCAGAGCAAGAUCACAAGUACAUGAAUAACGUUUUGGAAGUCAUUAAAACAAAUGACCCAAACACAAUACACAGCAGCGUAUUAAAAACUAACUAGCACUAUGCAGUUUCCAGUUCUAUUAGGCUUACUAUUUCAUGUACAAAAACUUAGUAUUAGGAUAUUGAUCAGUUCUGCUAAUUAAGCCCACAUAUCUUGUGAUGUCAGUGUUUUAUAUUGCAUGUGCCAGAGAGCUAUUAAACAGGGGUAAUUGUAUUGUUCAUCAUUAGUGUUGCAGAUCAGAUAUGAGCUAUUGAUAGACAGGUUAGGGCAAAGCCAUUGAACCCGACCAAAUCACAGACCUUAAAGGGCAAGGUACAGAACUUCUGCUGUUAGUCAAUCACACAGAUACAUGGCGUUUAUGCCUGGAGUGCCUUAAUAAUUUAACCCUUUGGACCACAGCACAUUGCAGUGCAAUGUUUACAAUCCUCUCUAGCAACCAAAGGGUUAAGAGCCGGCUAUUAAAAGCCACAGAGUCAUUAUUGUAAACACUGGAGUGCCUUAUGGCUAAUGAAGGAUAGUAAGCGAGUGAGGACCAGGAUUAUUUAUCAGAGUUUAACUUGUGCUGUGUUACAGACUAUUGUAUGCAUCAAAGGAAAUACUCAAAUGUUUUAACCGGGAGAUUAAUGGGAAACUGGACAAAUUGGAGCAAAAUUUAUGUUAAUAAAUAAUAAAAAUCUCCUCCUAAACAA